GUGUUGUUGCUCUGUCCUGCUUUUCCUCUCAUUCUCCCUGAAACAAUCCCUGCAGCUGCUUCCGUUCACUUCGGUGUUUUCCAGCAGAACUUCUCCCUGCAGGACGACUGUCUUUCCUCCGACUGCUGCUUUGGAUCAGCAGCUUCUGGUGUAAAAGCUGGAUUUGUUUCGGGACAAUCUCGGUCUGUGUCAUCUUCAGUACGCCUGAACAAACGUUUCCAUCACAGCUCGGCUUCAUGAAGCAGGAUUUGAUCCAAGGACAGGCUGCAUGCUUUCAUCAGACCUGCUGGAGUCGGGAAGAGAUGUUUGUGGAUGGAAGGGACAUUUCUCCGGAUCGUUUCCCUCUGGUGGAGAUUCUGAAAUCCAGCUCAUGUUUUCACUCUUGUCUCUGAGUAUAGAUACUAAAACGGUUUUCAGAUUUGACCCGUUUGGACGUUUUCUUCUUUGAGAGAAAGAACUUUAGGAAAAUGUCAGAACAGACUCUCGACUGUUUGUUUGUUUGACUUCAGCUCUUUGUUGUUUUGUGUGAUGAGAGGUUGUGUAGCAGCCAGUUGUGUGUCAGUGUUUGGGUCAGAGACAGAGACAUGCGUUUCCAUGGCAACAAGUGGCUGUAGUCCUUUCUCAUUGUGCUGGGACAGAGGGAUCUCCUUCAUCCACCAGAACACUCAGAGGAAGCAGAAAAACGUUUGUGGGAAGUUCAGCCGGAAAAUACUGAGAAGCAGCCACACUUUGGACCAGUUGGAGCGAAGGAAGAGCAAAAAGAAAUCCUCCUUUAAACCUGCCGCCCUGAUAUUCACCUCUGAAUAUGACCGACACCUAGCGGCGGCGGCAUCAGCUGGGAAAACCAUGGCCACAGCCUACCUGGACCCCAACCUUCAUAACCCCCUCCUAGGAGGUGCCAAGUCUCUGCUGAGCACAGGACCACCGGACCGAACCAUGGCUGGAUCCGUGGACCGGGUCCUGAAAGUCUUUCAUUACUUUGAGACAAACAUAGAACAGAACUUCUGGUCCUCCAAUAUCAGAUAUGGAGAUGCAACCGAUGUGAGGGGUAUCAUCCAAAAGAUUCUGGACAUCCACAAAGUGCGCUGGACUUCUUGUUUUGGCCUUCGACUUAGCAACACCCAAUCCAGAGAUCAAGUACACUGGCUCCACCCAGAUAUGGGCGUGUCUCACAUCAGAGAAACAUAUGAGCAAGCACAGCCUAAUGAGGAGUGGAGGUAUGAACUGAGGAUCCGGUACCUACCCAAAGGUUUUGUGCAGCAGUUUACAGAAGACAGACCCACACUCAACUAUUUCUACCAUCAGGCGAAGAACGAUUACAUGAAUGAAAUGGGAGGUCAGGUGGAUCAAGACGUCGCCCUCAAGCUGGGCUGCUUGGAAAUCAGGAGGUUCUUCAAAGACAUGAGAGGAAACGCUUUGGACAAGAAAUCCAAUUAUGAGCUUCUGGAGAAAGACGUUGGUUUGAGGCGCUUUUUCCCAAAGGAGCUGCUGGACUCAGUUAAGGCCAAAACUCUUCGGAAGUUGAUCCAGCAGACGUUUAAGCAGGUAGCUAACCUGAACGACGAGCAGUGCAUGCUGAAGUUCCUGGAGGUUCUGGCUCCGAUUCGCCGCUACGAUAAGGAGUUCUUCAAAUGCGCGCUGGGGUCCAGCUGGGUGAUCCAGGUGGAGCUGGCCAUCGGACCAGAGGAAGGCAUCAGUUACCUCACCGAUAAAGGGUCGACUCCCACACAUCUAGCAAACUUCACUCAAGUCCAGUCCAUCCAGUACUCGGCUCUGGAGGAGAAAGACCGGAAAGGCAUGUUACAGCUGAACGUAGCCGGAGCUGUCGAGCCUCUCACAGUGACGACAGCAUCUCUCACCACGGCUGAGAACUUAGCCGACUUGAUUGACGGCUACUGUCGCCUGGUCUCCAUGGAAACGCACUCGUUCAUCGUCAGAGUUCAUAAAGAGGGCGAGAGAGCGCUGCCUUCCAUCCCAAAACUGUCUAACAGUGAGAAGAAGCUAGACGCCGUAAAAAGUGGCGUCCGGGCGAUCUCCGUCUCGGCAGAGGAUCUCAGCGGGGAUGAGACGGAUGACUAUGCCGAGAUAGUGGAUGAAGACGACACAUACACCAUGCCUUCCAUGAGCUAUGGAGUAGUUGAAGCGCGGGACUAUGAGAUCCAGAGGGAACGGAUAGAGUUGGGACGCUGCAUUGGGGAGGGCCAGUUUGGUGACGUUCACCAAGGAGUUUACAACAGCCCAGACAAACCGGCUCUGGCUGUGGCCAUCAAAACCUGCAAGAACUGCACCUCGGACAGCGUCAGGGAGAAGUUCCUGCAGGAAGCGUUGACCAUGCGACAGUUUGACCACCCUCACAUCGUGAAGCUGAUCGGGGUGAUCACAGAAAAUCCUGUGUGGAUCAUCAUGGAGCUCUGCACUCUCGGAGAGUUACGCUCCUUUCUUCAAGUGAAGAAGUACAGUCUGGACUUGGCCACACUCAUUCUUUACGCCUAUCAGCUGAGUACAGCGCUGGCCUACCUGGAGAGCAAACGCUUUGUACACCGGGACAUCGCAGCUCGUAAUGUGCUGGUCUCCUCGGUGGACUGUGUGAUGCUGGGAGACUUUGGUCUGUCUCGUUACAUGGAGGACAGCUCCUACUAUAAAGCCUCCAAAGGGAAGCUCCCCAUCAAAUGGAUGGCUCCUGAAUCCAUCAACUUCAGAAGGUUCACCUCUGCCAGCGAUGUGUGGAUGUUCGGUGUGUGCAUGUGGGAGAUCUUGAUGUACGGCAUCAAACCCUUCCAAGGAGUGAAGAACAAUGAUGUGAUUGGUCGGAUAGAGAACGGGGAGCGCUUGGCCAUGCCCCCCCAGUGCCCCCCCACCCUCUACAGCCUGAUGACCAAGUGCUGGUCGUACGAUCCCAGCAAGAGGCCGCGGUUCACAGAGCUUAAGACGCAGCUCAGCACAAUCCUGGAAGAGGAGAAGGUCCAGCAGGAGGAGAGACUCCGGAUGGAGAUGAGGAGGCAGGUCACGGUCUCCUGGGACUCUGGGGGUCCGGAUGAAGCCCCCCCUAAACCCAGCAGACCCGGAUACCCCAGUCCUCGCUCCAGUGAGGGCUUCCUCUCUGGCCCCCAGCACAACCAGCUCCCGCCAUCAGCCCACGCUGGAGGAGCAGGGACUUAUCCUCCAGACUCGUGGGACCAGCACAGAGCUGAACUCAGUGCUCUGUGGAGUCCAAACAUGGAGGACUCGGUGGCUCCGUCUCUGAUGGAGGAGAGGCUGAUGAUGCAGCAGCAGCAGAUGGAGGACGACCAGCGCUGGCUGGAGCAGGAGGAGACCCUGAUGAAAACGGAGUCCAGAAACAGCAGAGGAAGCAUGGACAGAGAGGACGGCGCCCUGCAAGCUCCGCAGAGUGGAAGUCAGCACAUCUACCAACCUGUCGGGAAGCCAGAACAUGUGGCCCCUCCCAAGAAGCCCCCCCGUCCUGGAGCUCCAGGUCAUCCCAGCAGCCUGAGCUCUCCGUGUCCGGCGGACGGCUUCAUCGAGGGGGUCAAGUUGCAGCCGCAGGAGAUCAGCCCCCCUCCCACCGCCAACCUGGACCGGUCCAACGACAAAGUCUACGAGAACGUGACGGGGCUGGUCAAAGCUGUGAUUGAGAUGUCCAACCGGAUUCAGCCGGCUGCACCUGAGGAGUACGUCCCCAUGGUCAAGGAGGUCGGUCUGGCUCUGAGGACGCUGCUGGCAACCGUGGACGAGACCAUCCCAGUGCUGCCAGCCGGCACGCAUAGAGAGAUUGAAAUGGCUCAGAAGCUGCUUAACUCGGAUCUGGCCGAGUUGAUAGCGAAGAUGAAGCUGGCUCAGCAGUACGUCAUGACCAGUUUACAGAAAGACUACAAAAAGCAGAUGCUCAUGGCGGCUCACGCCUUGGCAGUAGACGCCAAAAACCUGCUGGAUGUCAUCGACCAGGCGCGACUCAAGCUGAUCAACCAGACUCGCCCACUUUAGUUCUCUCAGACGGAGGACAGAGUUGGAACUCUACGAUGGAAAUCUGUGAUGGAAGCAAAGAAAUCAAUGGACUACAACAGCGGUGUCACACUGCAGGCCUCGAGGGCCGACGUCCUGAUGGUUUUCCACAAAUCUUGCCUUAUCUGCUGCUGACCACCUGGAUCAGGUGCGUUUAGCCAAUUAGGAGCUUCAAUGGCAGGUUGGUUGAAAAACACGUAGGACACCGGCCCUCGAGGCCUGGAGUUUGACACCUGUGGACUACAACAAUCAUCGAAAGCUUCUUUUACUCUUUGGAAAAAACUUUGUAGUUUUCCUUUUAUUUUGCCUUUCAGAGAAACGCUGCUCCCUUUUUAUUUAAAGAAGCUUUCGUCAAAGUUUUUAAAAUCUGAAAGAAAUGGAUCAAAGAAGGCUGAAGGUCAUUUGAAGGACACGAUGCAUGAAUGAAGUUCCAUGUGGAAGAACCCAGGACUCAGAUCCAGGGGAAUGAAGAUGAUUAAAUUAUGUUUUUAUUUUUACCUUUUUUAUGUCUUUGUUAUUUUCAUGGCAAUAUUAAUGUCGUCAUUUCCUGCCUUGAAUUUCCACUAUUGUUGUUUUUAAGUAUUCCUGGUAAACACUGUAUGAACAAAAACUAUCAGUUUACAGAAGCCAUCACAGCUUUUCCUGCAGCCAUUUAUCUCAGGUGGAGAACUGUUUUUCUGAACCAACUCUUUUUAUAACAGAAGAAUAUAGAAAUGACACUUUUGAAGUAACUAUAUAAAGACAAGUCUCUAUUUUUAACACUUUGUUUUACUGAACAGUGGGGGUGUUAAACUCCAGCAGGGAUGCCAGGAUCAUUUGAAGUGGAUCUUCUUGUUCCUGAUCAGCUGCGUUUCCUGUCAGUCACACAUUUGUCCUCAGAUUAUUUCAUGUCAAAGUUUAUACAAAAAGGGUCAAAUAAACAAUAAUUUUCUUGUUGGUUAA